AUGCUGCCAAAAGCUCCAAGUGUCACUUCAUCUUCAACUUCAUCUUUUGCAACUCGCAUCGCAAAUCCUCCUCCUCAUGCGGUGACCAGCAAAAUGCCCGCCCCAAGUCCUUCGCCGCACAAGCCCCGGCGCAAAGCCAACAAGGCCGAAAAUGACGCCGACAAGCCGCGCAAGUUCGAAGCCCUCGUGCGCACGCCGGCGUUUCCCUUGGCCGCCUUCAUGUGGCCGGCGCGCACGUCGCUGUCGCAGUGGGAGGUGCUGCCGCUGGUCCUGAUGGUUGUUGGGCUGUUUCGAUGGGCGGCUGGGCUUUGGGGGUACUCUGGAUUCCAACGACCGCCCCUGUUUGGCGACUACGAAGCUCAGCGCCACUGGAUGGAAAUCACGGCAAACCUUCCCAUCUCUCAGUGGUACUUUCACGACCUCGAGUGGUGGGGGCUGGACUAUCCGCCUCUCACCGCAUAUCACAGCUGGGCGCUGGGCAAGAUCGGCUCCCUCAUCAACCCGGAGUGGUUCGCCCUCAUGUCGUCGCGCGGUUCCCACGACCCAAUGCUCAAGAUUUUCAUGAGAGCAACCGUGAUUGCGUCUGAAUAUCUGAUUUUCGUCCCCGCCGCUACAGUCUUCGUGCGACGGUUCAGCAGGCUCAAUGGCGUCAACACCUGGACGAGCAACCUGGCCCUCGUGGCCAUUCUUAUGCAGCCGUCGCUGAUUCUCAUCGACCAUGUGCAUUUCCAGUACAACACUGUCAUGCUCGGGUUUGUUGUAGCCAGCAUGUCUAGCAUGCUCGCCGAGCGAUACAAGUGGGCGGCCGUCUUCUUCGUGGCCGCCCUGGGCUUCAAGCAGAUGGCUCUCUACUAUGCCUUUAGUGUCUUCUCCUACCUGCUCGGGAGAUGCAUCACCACCGGCAUCAACCCCGGCAGGCUGUUUGGCAUUGCAUUAGUCACCGCCGUCUCCUUCGGCGUUCUUGUUCUGCCUCUAGCACUUGGCGUGCUCUACGACAAACACCACGGGAUUGACGCAAGGCCCGAGCUCAAUGGAGCUACGGCACCGCUCCCCAUUUUCUCCUUCAUCGUCAAUUAUAUCGACCCUCAAAACUUUUACUAUCCCAUUGUUGAGCAGCUUGUCCAAAUGGUCCACCGAGUAUUCCCCUUUUCUCGCGGUCUCUUUGAAGACAAGGUCGCCAACUUCUGGUGUGCCCUCAACACUGUUAUCAAGCUGCGCAACUACCCCGUCGAGCUUCUCCAGAAGGCUGCUCUGGGGGCCACUCUCCUGUCCAUCAUCCCUCCCAACCUCAUCCUAUUCUUGCGCCCACGCAAGUCAGCACUCCCGGUUGCCUUUGCGGCCACUGCCUGGGGCUUUUUCCUCUUCAGUUGGCAAGUUCACGAGAAGAGCGUUCUUCUCCCGUUGAUGCCUAUGACGCUGCUCCUCGCCGGCAAACAGGGCAUGAGCGGCGAGGUCCGUGCCUGGGUGGGCUUUGCCAACCUCCUGGGAGCUUGGACAAUGUUUCCUUUGUUGCAUCGGGUCGAUCUCAGAGUGCCGUAUGCAGCCCUCACCCUGCUCUGGGCCUAUCUCCUGGGCCUGCCCCCAGCCUCCUGGAACGCGCCUUUCCAAGAAGGACAGUCCAAGCUCGUCCAAUGGGGCACGGCUCUGCUACAAGGCACUUUCUAUGUAACCAUGGCGGCGUGGCACGUUGUCGAGUCCUUUGUCGUGCCGCCACCCGGCAAACCUGAUUUGUGGGUUGUCGCCAACGUCGGUGUAGGUGCGGCUGGCUUCUCCAUCUGCUAUCUGUGGUGCAUCUGGAAGCUUCUGCGAGAGACGGAAUUCUUGGCUGGCACUCCAAAGGCUAAGGCGAAGACGCAGUAG